GAAUUAUACGACGCGUAAGAUAUGCGAGAAUAAUCCUCGAAAUUAUUUUUCUGUUCUGGUAUUGAGAAAGAGGCUUAUUGGUGUAAUUAAAAAAAGAAAUCUAACUCAAUUUUCAGUUAUGAUGAAUAAGUCAAACCUAGAACUUUCCAAGCGACUCAUUCCAGAGAAUUAUGUUCAGCAGGCUGCUCAAGCUCUGUCUGUGAGAGAAAACAAGAUUAGAAUCCUUCUAGAACAGAGAAGGCUACCUGAUGAAGGAUGGGAUGAAACAACCAUUGAAGUUCUACUUCAACAGUUGUCACUAAUGGAUAGUAACAACUUUCCUGGAAAUUGUGGAGCUGGAGAACGUGAAGCAAGAAUUUCCUCUGAGCUAGUGGCUAGACGUCAUUUUAGGAUGGGACAUGGGAUUGGAAGAUCAGGAGAUAUUAAUGAAGUGCAGCCCAAGGCUGCAGGUUCCAGUUUAAUGAGCAAACUCACUAACUCUCUGGUCCUUCAAGUUCUUCGUGAAGCAGGAGCUCCUUCUACAGCUUCUGCCUUUGUGGUUCCUAUGGCAACAGGAAUGAGCCUGGUUCUGUGCCUUUUAACUCUCCGUCACAGACGCAAAGGAGCAAAAUACGUCAUCUGGCCUAGAAUAGAUCAAAAGUCAUGUUUUAAAUGUAUGCUUACAGCAGGUUUUGAACCAGUCAUCGUUCAGAACAAAUUGUAUGAAGAUGAGUUGAGAACAGAUAUUGAGGCAUUAGAGAAGAGUAUUGAAGAGCUAAAGGCAGAAAAUAUUGUUUGUGUUCUCACCACCACUUCAUGUUUUGCUCCAAGAACACCAGACAGAUUAGAAGAAGUUGCUAAGCUCUGUAAGCAGUACAAUAUUCCUCAUCUGGUAAAUAACGCUUAUGGUGUGCAGUCGUCAAAGUGCAUGCAUCUGAUCCAAGAAGCUUCCAAAAUAGGCAGACUUGAUGCAUAUGUUCAAAGUAGUGAUAAAAACUUCAUGGUUCCAGUUGGUGGGUCUAUCAUUGCUGGAUUUGAUAAAAACCUAAUUGAAGAAAUAGGAAAAACCUAUCCAGGUAGAGCUUCUGCUGCUCCUUCUGUUGAUAUGUUCAUUACUUUACUGGAUCUGGGGAAGCAGGGCUUUCAAAAGCUUUUGCAGCAAAGGAAACACAGGUUUAAUCACCUGAAGCAAGAAUUAACAAAAAUUGCAGAAAAACAUGGAGAACGAUUGCUAGAUACAAGACACAAUCCAAUUUCUUUAGGUAUCACUCUGAGCAGUUUUCAUGGCUUAGAAGGAAAAUCUCUGACUCAGAUAGGGUCAAUGCUGUUCACUAGAUGUAUCUCUGGAGCAAGGUAA